AUGGCGAGAUUUCUGGCUACCGUUGCCGCUUUGCUCGUGCUCGGUGUGCUGUCAGCCAGUAUUUAUCCCUGCGUGGAGGGCAAAAGGAACGCAGAUGUGUUAGAGGAAUGGAACGUUCAGGCAGCCGUCGCGAUAAACAUCCCCAAGACCCUUCCAAAAGCCGCAACGUUAGGGAUUUUCAGCUUCGUCAAAGCGUUGCUGGCGGCGCGCAAGACGGGCGCGGCGACUCUCUUCGUGCCGCUCAACGCGGUUUAUUUAACAAAGGACCUCCUACAGUAUGGCGCGGAUAAAUUCGACCGGAUCUUGAAGUACCACUUGAUUGAGAACAACAAGUACCGGAUCGAGGAUCUUAAAGCCAUGACCGAGGACACGCGGCUCCCGACCAUGGAGGGCAGUAGUGUGAAGCUAUUCUCCAAGAAAAACGCGACGGUGGUGAUGCUUCAGGGGCGCGUGUUUCUGCCGUCGGUUGUCGUGGUCCCUAACGUGUAUAUCGGGUCCAAGAUGGCCGUUCAUCUCAUCAGUCAUCACCUUCUCCCCAUGUCGUUUACCCCGUGA